GGUCAGCCCGUUCUUUGGCGCUUAUACACUAACAGGAGGGUUUUUGGGCGUUCCUUUGUACAUUUUCGUCCAUUUUGAUCUUCGCAUCGAUUUAGCGUUUGCCCGUUCUAUUGGUAUCAUGAUAGGUAAGGUUUUUGACACCUGGCAGAGGUGACACCUAGCAGAGCAAUGGAAGAGCAUCACUAACAUUGAGACGUCAUCUUUCGCGUUCAUAUCAUUUCAAAAGAAAUGCUCCGUGGGAAAAUUCUAACUGCGUUCUCGGUAAGUUGUUCAAAUGUAAAUGUUUAGUCAUAUAAACUUACUGCCAACAUCCGGAUUAAAAAAAUAUGACGGCCUAGGCAUGAAUAAGUUGUUGCUAUCAUUUAGCUUUUGCAGAAUGCCGAAUGACUCUGAGUUUACAGAGAUCAUAUAUAUCCUCAUGCAUUAAUAUUUGGGUUUUGAAUGAGGCGAGAAUUAAGAUAGCCUUGCAAGCACGUUUUAUGUUGUCCGGAAAAGGUUUGAUUUUUAUGUCUGGUCGAAUAUUUUCUUUUAAUGAAGGAAAUUUCCAGGUUGUACAUGUACAAGCGCCCUGUGAAUCGAUUCGCUCGCCAUCAUGACUGUUGGAAAUUAAGGUGGUUAUAUUUGAUAAUAGUUUUUGGAAAUGUACCCUUAAUACUUUAAUUCAUGUAAAAUAUUUAGCUGUUUCUGAUCGGCUCUAAUCCCUUGGCUAAUUCCUCAUAUCCAGCAGUCGCUUACCGAUAUUUGGAAGACCAAAGACCGAUAUUUUAUUUAAUUCACCGAUUCGUCCAGUUGAGCCAUAGUUGGUCCUUUUGCAUCCGCCGGUAUUCGCCCUGUUGUAAACCGGUUAAACCAGGACAGUACGGUGUAUUACGGCCUCGUAUUUUGCUUGUUCUCUUGACCUUAUAUGGUAAAAUGACAUAAUAGUGGAAUAAUAAAAUGGGUUAUUGCCCUAAUUAUAUAAAAUAGCAACCUGGCCCUGGUUGCUCGAAAGAUGGUGGAUUUAACCAUAUGAUAGUUGGUAACGGUUGGUUAAAUUUGCUAACCAUGGGUUAACUAACUGUUGGUUAAAUUCCCAUUGUUUGAAGAUCUGUUAGGCUGGCGCUAAUCCCUGGUUAGCUAACCAAUGGUUAAAGUAAAUAUCCCAGACUUUAUUAUAAUCCAUCUCUGGUUUGACAAUUUUUGCCGUGAAAGUUUUUAGGGAGCUGUAGCAACAACGACGGCGACGGUAAUUAGAACGUCAAAAAAGCAAUACCAAGGGUUAGAUUGGCAAAACAACAUCUUUGCACGUGCAUCACAAUUUUUUGGGCAUUUCUUUGCGGUCACUGCAUGACUAUGACAUGAAAAUGCCUGAUUUCAUUAUGGUUGACGUUAACAAGUGAUGACGAACUUUUCUUUCUCUUUCUAAACUUAAGUGUGGUCUCCAAGACAUCAACUCUGGGGAAAUUCUGCUACAAUUGACAUUUUCAGCGAAUUGGAAUAAACAGCUUGAGCUUGAAGCUUUUAAAGUCCCUUCUGUCAAUAAAAUGACCUGCAGGAAAUGAAAACCACAUUUUUCAGCGCAAGAAAUUGCGAUAGUACUGAACAGUACUGAAAUCAAAGUUUACUAACACAACCAGUAACAAAAUGAAGCAUAAAAAACUAAUCAACUGCCAUGUUGUUUCACUGAUUUUGCCACACCUGCCACUUUAACCGAUGGUUAACAAGUUAACACUCGUAGCAAGGUACCUUAAAUGUAACACAUGGUUAGAAGAAAUUUAACCCAUGGUUAUCACUAACCAGAGUUCGAGCAACCGAAACUAAACCUUGGUUAAUAUUUAACCAUCGGUUAAGAGUUGACCAUCUUUCGAGCAACUGGGGCCUGGUUUACAGGCAGCAGCAUGGCAAGCCACUAGUGGCUCACACAAAUUUUAAUUUAGAGGAAAUACAGGAAUAUGGGAAUAUCAAAUACAUUUACUCUAAAUUAAAAACAUUACAAGGGUCACACAAUUUACGUGGGCCUCCUGUGGGCAGCUUAGCUGUUUAAAUGUGUGAGUAAACUCAAACUUAAUGUUGAAAGUGGAACAAGCUUGCUUCAUGUCAAAAGUUUUCAGUUCUGCUUUUUACAGGCCUUCUGAUAGGGUGCGAUGAAAAAUCAGAAAUUGUGUGGCAUUUUCAGGGCAAAUUGUGUGAUAAGAUAGGACUAUUGUGCGAUGGGCAAUUCCACGUGAGACAGUGAAAAAAUUUUGCACAACGAAACUUAACCAACAGAAAGCUGAAACAAUGGGCUGUUUGAAAUUACUGAGAUCUUGACUGCGUCUUGUCCAUGUGUUUAAUGUGAGAAGGCAUGAAAUCCAGAGAAUUUGAAUCUCAUUAUAUUUGGAAUUUUUGGAAGGAAAUUUUAAACAAAGUUUUAACAUCUAAGAAAACAUUACAGUUAACAUAAAAGUAUGUGUGUAUUAUAACCUUUGCCUUACACUAUCAUUAGGCUAUAAAUUAUUAUCCAGCUAGUGGCACUUUCCUAAGAAAAUUGACAUUGAAUUUUGUUGCGGACAUUAACGUUAAGGUACCUUUUUUCAGUUCCUGUACACAGUGUGCUGUAUUUUCAUGUGCUAUUGAUGCUGCUCAGUUAGUCUGAUGUAGACUCUAUUUUAAUCUUGAAACCUUUCCUGGGUGGUGUUUUCUUUGCUCAGAAAUUUAAGCGGAAAAGUGUUGUGGACAUUACACAUGUUAGAUUUUUCAUUUAUUCAGGCUGUUGCAGAUAUUUAGUUCUUACUAUCUCUGAAUUAGAUUCAGACAACAGCCCACUUAACACUAAACUGCUUUUUAUUGAUGUACAAAUGUAAAUGGCAAAUUAAAAAGAGCUGGUAGAUUUUCCGUGAUGUCCAAUGAAUUUAAUUUACGAACUAUGAAAAACAUUCUAAAUAAUUUACGAUUUCUGUGAUAUUCUUGAAAACGGGCAAACAUAGUGAUUUUCGAAUUAGUUCCUUCCAUAAAGUAGUAUAGAUGCAUGACGAAUUUUGCAGUACUUUAACAGAAAAACUGAAAAAUAGUUUAAAGAGUUUAUAUGGUUUUGGGGGACGCUGUCACAAAAUUACAGUGACAUUUGUAUGGAUCUUUAACCGUGUUUCAAGAGUCAUAACUUGAUCCCUCUUCAACUUUAGAGCACCAAACCUGCUCAACCAACCAAUCUCAACAUGACCUUUUAUAUGGUGGUGUCAGUUUAUCGAUUAGUUUAAAUUUGAAACUUGCCCCAGUUCCCUAUGCAACUCCAAAAUGGCCAGUGAGUAGCUGGUCAGGGGUUUUGUACUGCUGAGCAUGCUCAGAACAGUUUGAAAGCAUGCUUUUUGAGGAAAAGCACUGACCAUCAUUGUUUCUUCCACAAACUUGAAUGGGUAUUAUUUUUUAACUAGAAUUUAUGAUAUAAUGUGUAGUGAACAAUGUGCAAUUUUAGUGCAAAUUUACAUUUUAUCUGUCUUCAAGUCAGACUGAAUGACAAAAUAUGAUAAUUUCAGUAGCUAAAUCAGUUUUGUAAAAAACAAAAUAAUAUCCUCACUACUGAGAAUGUUUUUUUUUUCUCACAGCAUUUACUUGAGAUGUAAUAAAAUUAAUUUGGAAAUUAUUUUAAGGAUUCAGUAUAGCAGAAAAAAAUCUGACUGGUAUUGCAUGAUACUAGGUCUCAGCAGGAGAUUAUAUAAUAAUAUAAUAAAAUAUAAAUAAAGUAAAUGAUAAUUUCACAGCUUCAUUUUUAGACAAGUAACUACAGAACAAAUGGACAUAGCCUCAGUCAGCGACACUGACUAGGAAGUGAAUGAUAAAAAAUGUGUUCCCAAAAAUGUAAUGUCCGCAACACAAACUUUUGUUUGUAGAAUCACUGGAACAAGGUUGCAUGAAAUUUUUUUCGCCAGUUGAAAAAUCUAGUUAUUGAUACGUUUUGAAGGCACAAUUAUUUUCUGCUCAAGGUUAAAAAUUCACAGGAAAAUCUCUUUAGUUACUUUAAAAAGUGGUUGUUUAAACUGUAAUGUCUGCAACACACUUUCUUCAACUCAUACCUUCAAGGUCUUAAGAGCUAACCAAAGCAUCUUUUUAUUAGGUACAAAGGGAACACUAAAAAUACUGUCUAGAGAUGUUUGACCACCCUUAAUGAACAUUUUGACAUCUAAAUUGGGGUUUAAAAUAUUAUGCAAUUUUUUCAGGGCCAAUUUACAUUGUUUUACCAGGUUUCAAAGGAGAAAAACCACUUUAAUGUUGUUUAACAGGCAAUUUGAAUGUAAAAGAAUAAUAAAACAUCUAUUUUCCAACAAAAUAGUUAAAUUUGUCCAAUUAUCUUGACCUGGAAAAGAAAACAAUUAGAAAGAAAGAAAAAGGACACUUGUUUAAAAUUACAUGAUGCUGUUACACCACUGACCACACUGCUUGUCUCUUUAAUAAAAAUGGCUGCCUAGAUACUGCGAUUGAAGGUUUCAGAUGUCUUGCAAGGCUUUCUUUAGUGGUAAAUCACCUUAAAUAACAUUGAUAUUGGGAAUAUGUUUAAUGAAAUUCAUUGUUUACUUUACUUCAAUUUAGUAUUUUUUUUUACAAAUUUUGUGAUUUUCCUCAAAUUGUGUGAUCAGAUGCGAUUUGAGGUUAAUUGUGCAAAAUCGCACUAUCAUGUAAUAUCAGAUGGCCUGUUUUUACCAUCAAAACCUUGCUCAUUCCCAAAUACAGUCAACUUCCUUUAUGACGGACACUGUUAAAAGGGACCUUGCCUGCGUCUCAUUAGGGAGAUCAAGUUCGUAAUAGCAGGAGUUUAUUUCAGUCCAAUGUCUAUAAUUUAUUUUUGCCCGGGAUUUAGCUGCUGUCCGUAUUAUUGAGAUGCACGUUAGAAUGAGGUGUCCACAAGGCAAGAGUUGACUGUAUCUUUGAAUUCGUGUUACACUGAAGCAAACCCACAAGUAACUUAUAGCACUUUCCCUGCCAUGUCUUUUUAAUGGCAGCCCAGAUAAAGCAAAAAUAUGCUUUGCAAUACAUGGAAUGAAGUAAGGCAAUGAAAUGAUAAAGAAAAAACAAGAAAAAAAGAAGAAAAAAUAGUCCUCAUGACAGCAUAUUCACAGCUGGCCAACCAUCCAGUUCCUAACCCUGCCAGUGUGAAUAAACAACAGGACUUGAAGGUCAAUGAUCUGGUUACCAGUUCAGAUGCUCUACCCCCAUAAUCUAUUUCUCUCCCUCUUUUUUAAUGGUUUCAGUUGUGUUUUCUUCGUAUGGUGUUGGUUAUUGGGAGUCGAUGUAAGAACAAGAGUGAUAUUGAACUUUUUGAUCCCACUGACAAUUCAAAAUUCAAGUGCUGGCCGGUACCUACAUGUCAAGAGGGACAGCAACCAUCUGUGGAGCCUGGGUCAGUACAUCCAAAGACGACAACUAUCUCCUGCAUACGUUGUGAUCAUGGUUGGUUUUCCAAUCACGACACUAACUAUAGAUGCCAGAAGUGUGCAUCAUGUGGUAACAAGGGUAUUCUUGUAAACUGCUCGAUUUAUGGAGAUGCUGUUUGCUCAAAGAGUUGCAAAUCAAAUACACAUUAUUUUAAUGAAAGUGAUGGUCAGUGCUAUGCUUGUACUGAAUGUUGUGGGAAAGACGAGUCAAACAUUGCGCGACAGUGUUUAUUAUCUUCUGGAAAUUUGCGUGUUGGUUCAGUGAUUGGACAACAGGGAGAACUGCAUUGCAAAGUUCAGUCAUCUCAAAAAUGUGAUGAGCUGUCAAAAAAUGUUACAACUUAUAUAAACAGUUCAUCUUUUGUCAAUGGCACCAGCAGUGUUGUGGAAAACUGUAACUGUACCAGGCCAGAGAAUAUAAAUCACAACUAUCAACCCAGUGGUUGUAGUUGGGACUCAUCUCUUCAAGACAUUAUGCUCCUAUGUGCUUUAAUUGUUGUGGCUUUAGCCUGUGUUAUUUUUCUUUGCCUUUAUAUAAGAGAAAGAAAAAUGCGAAUGUCAAGGAGUGGUUGUCCUCCAGAGAGCUGUCCCUUCAUGAACCGUUGCUACUCAGGUUUGGCAGGUAUGUAGUCAUAACUAUUGUAAGUUGUGUCUGUGCAGGAGUUAUUUAAUUUUUGCAAGUACCAUAUUUGGAACAAGAAGAAAAGAUAACUGACCAAUCAAACUUUGUAUAUGAUCAUGUAUUAUUAUAAAGUUUUACUCCAUAUUCUUGGGAGGGAACCUGAAGGAUCUCAAGCACAAAUGAUAGCGACAGCUACAAAAACAUUACUUAUAGCCAAAUAAUAUUCGUUGUAUCGCACUGCGCGUUUUGCAAACUUUGAAGGAAUUUUGGUUGUUUCUGUUCCGUCAAUCAUCUUAGCGAAACUUUUAGGAAACACAUGUUUACUUGUGAUUGGUGCAUUUCGAUCCACUUUGUUUGUUUCUGUGUUUCGAGGUUCGCCACUUGUGAUCACCCUGUUUCACACUGUUUCGGGCCUUGAUCAACUAGUUUUCGUCGAAACUUUUUAUGAUCUUUCUUAUUCUUGUCUCUUGCAAAAAUAAAGCAAUGUCUGCCUCCUGCCCUCAACAAAAAUUCAACUCAUCAUUGCGACUUCCUUUGCUAUUCUUGAGCAGUUUAGGGUCAUUCUCAAUUUUGUUUUUGCGGGCCAAGCUGGGCAAAUGCAUGGCACUGUGAUUUGUAUUAACUCCACCCCCACUCAAAUGAUUGAUGGAACAGAAAAACCCAUUCGAAGUUUGCAAACACGCAUGCGAUACAAUGAAUUUGGCUAUAAAUUAAAUAAAAGGUGUUUUCUCCCUUCUUCAAACUUUAACACUCUCAUUCUAUCUCAUGCGAUCAGUUUGUCUAAAGACUGUAUCAAAGUUCAAGAAAAGAAAGAGAAAGUAGUUGUAUUGUGUUUUCACCCUCCACAAAAGGGCACUUUCAUGUCACAGUCAUUCAGUCACGGCAAAGAAAUGUACAAAAAAGCAUUACGCACAUGCAAAGUUCUUCCGUUGUUAAACCUAUUUCUUUUUCGAGGGUGCCACCAGGGUUUUCAAUAGAAAAGAUGAAUGUUUACGAGCACUGAACGUUAGUUACAUUUUUCAACCCGUUAAGAGUGUCAGAAAGAUGGGGAAUUUAUUCAUUUUAACCCAUUUGCCUCCCUGCCCACCACCAUAAAAGGGAGGAGAUAUUACUGACAUAUAUAAAGCUUGCCCUACAUCAAUACUCUUAGGGGUGCCUUGAAAACCAUACCCUGGUGAGCAGCACAUACCCAUUCUAUAGGCCAAAGUGGGAGUGUCCCCCCUGUGGCCUAGUCUAGGGUCAAUUUAUAGUUUUUAGAUGUUAAAUAGUGUAUAUUUUGCCUUAUUCAAGGGCCUGAUUUUUUCCCAAACUUUUGCUAAUUUUUUAAAGGCCAACCUGACAGUGAGACAGCAGCUAAUUCAUUAAUGGGCUUUGAGGAAAAACUCCAGUACAUUCCAGAGGGUGAGUGUCAACAGAUGCAACAGUGUGGUGUUUUUUUAUUGACAAGCAUCACCUUAAAAUGUAAUAACCUAGAAGAUUUUUUUAAUUAACCUGAAAUCAAAUUUGACCUGUAACAUAUUUUUUUAUACAUGUAUCAUUGUGAUUGGGUUUCCUUUAUUUCAGCACUAACCAUUGACAGGAUACCUCCUCAGAUUGAGCAGAUCAUUCUGAAGUUAGAUGGAAGAAAGUUAUCUGCGAAAAACUGGUAUCCUGUAGCUCGGACGCUUGGACUAUCUAUGGAUGAAACUGACGAUAUAAGGAGAGAAGAAGGCAGGGAGGGGGGAAGUCCAACUUCGGCGUUACUAAGUCUACUAACUACUUGGGAUAGUGUUAUUACUUUAAGACAGUUUGUAUGUGUACUUCAUCAAUUAGGGCGACAUGACGUUACCAAGCUUAUCUUUGACUUUUACAGGAAUGGGGUACAGCAACCACUCACCAGCUCUGUUUAACAUAGGGCACAUGUACAUCAACACAUCCAUUCCUCAAAGUUUCUGUUAAGGUGGCUGAACACAGUUUUGGCAGUUUGUGGGUAUAUGUCAUUUGCCAAAUCAUGACAAGAGAAAGGUUGUGGCUCACAAACUGAAACUUGGCAAGUAGAAAAAAAAAUACUGAUGACAGAUUUUGAUUGGCAAGUAAAAUUUGACAUUUUCAUAGUUUCCAU